AUGUCAUUGCGUUUAAUCACACAAGUUGUUCUUAGGAAUGUUUCCGGUGUCCAGAGACUUGCAAAGGUCUCAAGGUCAAUUGGCAGCACUAGCUACACCCCAAAAAUUAUGAUGUCCGCCAGUCAAUCCAGGUUAUUGUCCUCAUGUGCGAGCGUAAGAAACCAACAAACUGAUAACGUGAGCGCUAUUUUAAAGUCUGAGAUCAAGGUUGAGUCAGACACUGCAACCGAGACCUCUGUCCAAUCAUUCCAACCCUUUUUGGAUAAAUUUGGGUUUUCUAUCGUUGACACAAACGGCAGAAACUUGGCUCAAAUAGUGAAGAAAACCGAUGAUGAAACAGUUCAUGUUUUUUUUGACGUAGCGCAGGUGGCCAAUUUGCCCUACGAUAGUGCAGUAACUGAAACUGCUACUUCCGCAGAUGGCGAAGCUGUUAAUGAGGAUGACUACGAUUCUCUCUCGGAUAACUUCGCUAAUGUCAAUUCUGUCGUUGUUAGACAUUCUGAUAAUUCUGCGGUAUCUUUUGAACUGUUAAUGAACCUGCAAGAAGGCUCCUUUUAUAUAGACAGUGUCACACCUUUUGAAUCUGCAGAAAAAGCUUUGAGCGAAUCUGCAGAGGCCGAAGUGCAGCGUGAACUCGUCUAUCAUGGUCCUCCAUUCUCUAACUUAGAUGAAGAACUUCAGGAAGCCUUGGAAUCUUAUUUGUCAAGCAGAGGCGUCAAUGAAGAGCUCUCCUCUUUUAUUGCUGCCUUUUCUGAGUUUAAGGAAAAUGAUGAAUACAUCAAAUGGUUGAAGAGCAUGAAGACCUUCUUUAGCUAA